UUUUUCUCUCUCUUAUCUCUGGCUUCCUUGCUCCCUCGCUGCCAUCCGACAAGCCUCCCGGAGAGCAGCAGCAUGACCACCACCCCCACCCUCGGUCUACUAAAACUCCUCCCCAGCUCUAUCCCCUCCUCCAAACUCAUCCCAAAACCAUCAUCAGACCUCCCACUUUUGUCCCGGACCCACUCCCCCCUUCCUCACCUCGAACAUGCCGCCCUCCAUUUUCUCUCCAAAGCAUUCCCCCUCCCUGCCACGGCUGCGGCCCUGUCCCUUCCCCUCUUCCUCGACCCCAAGGAUGCUCUGGCGGUCGGCGGGGAGUUUGGGAUCUUGGAAGGCCGGACGUUAUCGCUGAUCCACCCGGUGGUGAUGGGAAGCCUCUUCUUCUACACGCUGUGGGCUGGUUAUUUGGGAUGGCAGUGGCGCCGCGUGCGGACCAUCCAGGACGAGAUCAACGAGCUCAAGAAGCAGGUGAAGGCCCCCGCCCAGCCCGCUGCCGCUGUUGCCGCCGGGGCCGACGGCACCCGGGAGGCUCCGCCGCCAACUGCAGCGAUCUCCCCGGUGGAAGCCAAGAUUCAGCAGCUCACCGAGGAAAGGAAGAUGUUGAUCAAGGGGUCGUACCGGGAUCGGCACUACAAUGCGGGGUCGAUACUGUUGGGGUUCGGAGUGUUCGAGUCGGUGGGUGGUGGCCUCAACACAUGGUUCCGCUCCGGGAAGCUCUUUCCGGGGCCCCACCUUUUCGCCGGCGCUGCUAUCACGGUCUUGUGGGCCGCAGCUGCAGCGCUUGUGCCUGCCAUGCAAAAAGGAAAUGAGACAGCAAGGAAUCUGCAUAUUGCAUUGAACGCACUAAAUGUUCUAUUAUUUAUAUGGCAGAUCCCAACGGGAUUUGAGAUAGUCCUCAAAGUGUUGGAAUUCACCAAUUGGCCUUGAGUUAAUAGUUUUCCUUUCUUAUUCUACUAGCUAAUCUUUUUUCUAGCUUGAUUUGAUAUCUGUGUAAAUCCUCUAAAGAAAGUGUUCUUCAUGAUUUUUCACUUACAUGUGUCACAUGUGAAUUGACUCUUUAAUUUUUUCA